AUGGAGGUUGCGCCGACCACCACUGGAAGCAGCUUGGGUGGUAUGUGGGAGUGGCAGCGAGAGCUCGAGGUGUUGGCGGGACGUCUCUCUCGGGGGCGAGCAGACGAGGCUGCGGCAAGCAGGAGGGCGGCCGAGGAAGCCGAGAGGGCGGCGCUUCAGCGAAGCCAAGAAGCCGAGCGGCGCUCCUUGAUGGCACAGACCGAGGAGAGCCAGGCCUUGCAGCAGUUCCUGUCGGGUUGGCACCAUUCCCUGGAGGCUCGACUGGAACUUUUUGCACAGCAGCUCAGCCACCUACACCGUCGAGUGGACCAGGACUGUGCGCAAGUUGAAGGCGCCGAGCGCCGCCUCGAGGCGCAGGCCGCGCGCUUCGAAGACUUCCAGACUUCGGUGCAGGCCAGCUUGUCCAGCCUGUCAGAACGCUUGGCGAGCGGCCAUGAGCAGUUUUCGUCAGAGAUUGAGACGAAGUGUCAAGAGGUCGAUGCCGAGCUGUCAAAGCGAGGGGCAGAGAGCCAGCAGGCUUUCUCCGAGAUCUCGACGCGACUCCAGGAUGUUGAGUCGCACGGCGAAGCUGCAGCGCGGGGUCUUCGAGCCUUGGAGCCCUUCAUCGAGCGGGUGACCUCAAGGCUUGAGGAUGUCGAGCAGCUGCCGCCCGUCGUUGACAACAUAAGGUCUGAACUUUCAGCAGCCGGCCAGGUCUUGCGCACGGCCAUUGCUGCUGAAGGCAAGCGCGCAGAGGAAAACCUCCAGACCUUGCGGGAAGAUCUGUACUCUUGUCAGGAAUCUGACAGACUCCGCUUGGCAAGGGACUUGCAGGAGGUGAGGAAUCUCGCGGAGGCCGCAUCGGAACGUGCACAAGAGCUGGACACUGCUCUUGCCUCCGGGAAGGAGGAGGAGUCUCGAGCCCUUGAGCGGCUGCGAGAGGAGGCGGCGGCAGCGAACCGAAACAUCCAAGCCAUCGAGGCUCGCUUGCACGACUUGCGAACUGGAACGGCGGCGAAUCUGCAAGGCUCCGAGCAGCGACUCCAAGACCUCUUCAGAGAAGCGCUACACACCGCCACCGACAAGGCUUUUGCGCAGGACCAGGUGGUCAGCAAGAGGCUGGAAAGCGAACUACACGUUCAAAUUGGGGCGGUGUCGGCGGAGAUCAAGGAGCUGAAGUCUGUGUCCAUGGACAGCUCGGAGAAGCUCCGUGCGGUGGAGCAGGAGUUCUCGACCCUGGCAGAGAAACUCGAGCGGGUCAAGGGCCAGGGCAUUUCGCAUUCGUGGAAGAUCCCUCACUGUCUCCGAAGGCUUCGGUAUCUCUCGUUGCUGGCAGAACCAGGCCUGUGGCUGGACUCGGAGCGCUUCUACUUGGGUGGACUGGGGCCGUUGGAGAUGCGGCUUUACGCCAAAGGACUGCGAGGUGGCGACGGGCAAUGUUCGCUUGCCCUGCGCUUGCCUUCGGAGGCCGCUGCAAAGUUUGCUCUCCCCAUGAUGGUAGACCUCACUGUUGCAGGGCAUACGACUCGAGCCGGCCAAACCACAGACCCUGAAGGCAGUGACUGCAUCAUCUGGCUCGCCGAGUCUCUGGGCCUCCUCGAAGAUCACCUGGCUGAUGAACUCGCUGACUUGUCCCUUGCGGCUGAGCUGCCGCUGCUGCCGGCACCAGCUUUACUGGCCAGCUGCGCAAGCUGCCCAACUUUGUCGCCUCCAGGGACCCGAGAUGACCUCUGCACUGUUGACGGCACCGAGGAGGCUGCAACUGAUCCGCUGGUGGCACUGUCGUCAACGGCUCGGGCGAGAGAUGUGCGCGGUGUGGCGCAGGUUCCGGUGCGAGGGAACGAAGCUGUGUCGGCGGCGGGGACAGGGGCACCGCUCCCUACGCUGCUGGGGACGACGGAGUGCCAGCCCAGUGGAGUGUUUGCGCUUCGCAGCUCAUGGGGGGCUUCCUGCACUCUGCCGGUGAGCAAGGCGCCUCUGGUCCCUUCGAUGAGCAAAUCUCACCCUUGGGGUCUCUCUUGGGCCAUGGACAAAGGAAUCCAGUGGCCAUUCCUGCAGACGAUGCAGCCAGAUAGGUCAAGAGGUAUCUUACCGAAUCGAACCCUUCAGUGGCUGAUGCAGCUCGACAGCAUGUGGCAAAGUGCAACUUCUCUUGUCACUCCCGACCGCGUCCUUCUGCAGCAUUUUUGCGAGUCAAGCAGCAGCCAUGACGCAGCCGCCUGGACGUUUCUCACGGAGAUGGGCCUCGCCCAGGCCGCCCGGCGGGUAAAGGCACGUUGGAAUCUCCGUCCCCUGGGCUCUGAAAACCUCGAGGCCAUGGCCGAAGCCUUGGCCGCGAACUCGCUUUCGAAGAGGACGUUCUCGUUCGGUAGCGGUACACCGCAAGCCCGCAAGUCGGAGGCGGUGGUUCACGGUCCGGUGCGUGGCCCUGCAGAGAAGAGAGUCGAGGAGCCCGCCUUCUUCGACUCCAUUCUGGAGAGCGUCCAAACUUCUGCCAGGGUGCUGGGAGGGCUUGCCUUCGUCCUCGUGGCGUUGCUCGGACCCGUCGCGCCUUCGUCCGUGAGGGCUGAAGAAGUAGAAGCCGUAGAGGUGCAGGACCCGGCCCAGAAGAGAAAGGAGGAACAGGAAAGAAGAAAGGCUGAGGCCAAGGCCAAGCGCGAGGAGGAGGAGCAGCGAAGAAAGGAAAUCGCCGAAAAGAGGCAGGCUGAGGCCCAGAAGGCUCGGGAGGAGGCGGAGGCCAAGCGAAAAGCGCAGGCCGAGGAAGCUGCCAAGAAGAAGGAGGAAGCCGAGAAGGCUCGCGCAGAGGAAGCCGCCAAGCGCAAGGCAGAGGAGGAAGAGAAGAAGAAAGAGGCGGAGGCCAAGAGACAGGCAGAACAGGAGAAGAAGAAACAGGAGGCUGAGGCCAGGAAGCUGGAGGAGGCCAAGAAGAAGGAGGAAGCCGAGAAGGCUCGCGCAGAGGAAGCCGCCAAGCGCAAGGCAGAGGAGGAGAAGAAGAAGCAAGAGGCAGAGGCCAAGAAGCUGGAGGAGGCGAAGAAGCGGGAGGAGGCUGAAAAGGCCCGCGCCGAAGAAGCUGCCAAGCGCAAGGCAGAGGAGGAAGAGAAGAAGAAAGAGGCGGAGGCCAAGAGACAGGCAGAACAGGAGAAGAAGAAACAGGAGGCUGAGGCCAGGAAGCUGGAGGAGGCCAAGAAGAAGGAGGAAGCCGAGAAGGCUCGCGCAGAGGAAGCCGCCAAGCGCAAGGCAGAGGAGGAGAAGAAGAAGCAAGAGGCAGAGGCCAAGAAGCUGGAGGAGGCGAAGAAGCGGGAGGAGGCUGAAAAGGCCCGUGCCGAAGAAGCUGCCAAGCGCAAGGCAGAGGAGGAAGAGAAGAAGAAAGAGGCGGAGGCCAAGAGAUUGGCAGAACAGGAGAAGAAGAAGCAGGAGGCUGAGGCCAGGAAGCUGGAGGAGGCCAAGAAGAAGGAGGAAGCCGAGAAGGCUCGCACAGAGGAAGCCGCCAAGCGCAAGGCAGAGGAGGAAAAGAAGAAGCAAGAGGCAGAGGCCAAGAAGCUGGAGGAGGCGAAGAAGCGGGAGGAGGCUGAAAAGGCCCGCGCCGAAGAAGCUGCCAAGCGUAAGGCAGAGGAGGAGGCGAAGAAGAAAGAGGCGGAGGCCAGAGGGCAGGAUCUGUUGUGUUUUUUCAUCGGUUAUCUAGGAAUCUAG